UUUAUAUUUAUUGUUAUUUUAAAAUUCAACACUGCUACUCAAGAUGAUGUAAAAAAGGAUGAAGAAAAAGAAGCAGGUGGACAUGAAGAUACAGAAGCGCAUAAAUCUGACGGAAAAAAAGAACAAGAGAAGUAUGAAAAGAAACACGAGUCAGAUAAGGGGGCGGUAGGACAUCACGAUAUUGAGGAUCAUAAUAAAAGUUAUGAGGAGUCAAAUGCCAAGGAGAAAAAGCACAAAGAAGAGGCUGGACAUUAUCAGGAGCAUUUGGAUGGUGAGAAACGUGAAAAGUUUGCCGAGUUCGAUGAAGAGGGUAAACACCAAAAGGGACACAGCACCAAGGGUCAACACAAUGUUUACAAGAAUGAUGAGUAUAAAAAGGAGCAUGAUUUCUAUGAUGAAUUUCACGAUCAAGGUGGACAUCAGGAGCAAGGUGAAUUUAAAAAUUCACAUCAAGAUAAUAAAGGUCACUCUAAUAAAAAAGCUCACCACGAUUCUGCUCAUCAUAAGGGUCAUCAGGGAAAAAAACACGGCCAUCACAAAGGAAAGCAUUAUCAUAAUCAUAAAAAUUAUAAAUCUGGCGAAGGUCAUAACCAUCAUCAAAAAUUAAAUCACAAACGUGGAAAAAAUACCGGCAAAGCUCGUGCAAAAAAAUGGUCACGUUCCGGCAAAGCUUAAUUAUAUAUAUAUAUAUAUUAUAUGCAAUCGAUUGAGAGUCAGUUUACCAGAUGACUUAGUUUUAUUUCAGUAAAUCAUGAAAAGUGAAAACCUAGCGUUAAAUUGGUCACACUUUAUGACCACCAUGUUCCACAUUUACUUUUUUUCUUAUUCAUAUUUUAUUUAUUUAAUAUGUUUUCCAUACAAAGUUAUUUUUUUAAUAAUAUUGAUGAUUC